AUGAGAUCUUUCUCAUUAUUCCUCAUCGCUGCUUCAUUUUUCAAUUUAUCCGAUGCUCAAUCUGCUCUGCAAAUCACGCAAAGUAUUGCAUCAAAAAUAGGACAGGCAAAUGCAUACAGCAACAAGAAUCUAUUCUUCUCAGUUAUGCAUCCAAAUUUGCAAGUUCAUAUUUGUGGUCGCACUCUCAACUAUAAUCAAUUUUAUCAAUAUGGUAAAACGAAUCAUCCAACUAGAAAAGCUCAGGUUGUUUCAUCAGUACAAACUCAAGAUGGAAUUUUGAACGGUGUGAUUAGAGUUGUUAAUCAAUUUCAAAGUUUUGAAAUGAAUUUGGAUGCAGUAAAUACAAAUUCAGGUUACAAAGUAAUCAGAAUGGUUUUCCCACCAGUGCCGGAUUGUCAAAGAGCUCAACGAAAAUCCUAUUUUCUCCCUUGGGCGGCGAUCUUCACAGAAGUAGCCUUUAAGCUUAUAGAUAUCGCUGUCGAUGUGGUUAUAAAUGGUUAA